AUGUCUGGUAAGAAGCUGAAGAAUAAGAACCAGCUUUUUAAACGGCAGAAAGUGAUUGAUGCCAGGACCAUCAGAACCGAAGCACUCAAGGCCGCACCUAGAGAUGUGGGAGAGCUAUCGGAAAGCGGCAGUAUGCUGAAGGUGAACGACUUCAUGGCAUCUCGAGAGUUUGAGGUCAAACAAUUGCAGCUGGCUAUGCACAAAUCGAAGGCAGCUUCAUCCACGAGGGUCUUCCAAGCUCUGCCAAGAAAGUUGCGUCGCAGAACUGCCUCCCACAAUGUUAAAAGGAUCCCUAAGCGUCUGAGAAACCGUGCUUUGCGUGAAAUGAGGAAGAGCGAGCAGACGAUAACGAGGGGCACCCCGGCAAUGUCCAAAAAGAGAAAAUAUGGCCUCACUGCCAAGCAAUUGUACAAGGCACGAAUGGCAGUUAAGUUGCUACGCCUGGCUGCCAGGUCCAAAUCCAUGAAGCUGGGUCUCCCCUCAGAGGCCACUGCAUCACGCCAUAAGCUGCGGAGUCGGAUUAAGGCUCUACAGAAAACAAUUCGGCAAUGCACAAGUGGAAAAGCCGGGCCCAACCGAAACAAUCUACUUGGCAGCUACGAUUCCACGGGGAUUGGCGCGCCAGCAAUGCGACCAUUGGGUAGGAUCAAAUACGCUAAGCGGCAGCAUACCUACACGUGGCUUCCCACCCAUGUCUGGCAUGCGAAAAGAUCUCAUAUGCUCAAAAGGUGGGGUUACCAAAUUCCUUGGUCUCCGACACAAAAAUGCUUUAAGUUGACGCAUAAACUCGGUAACUCCGUGUCGACUUCAGACGGUGCUAUGUGCGCAGAUACGAGCUAUAUGGGAACGAUGAUUAUAUCAUCAGAGGACACAGUCUUUUUGCAAGGUGUUAUAAGUCAGUUGACCAAUAAAAGAGGAUCCUUGGCUAAAUAUCGAAACUCUCAUCAUUGGUUUGAAGGUAUGGUGUGGGCUGACAAUCAGGAGGUCCUGGGCCCCGUUGAACUGCUAUGGAUUAAUGCCAAUAAAUGCCUGCUGAGACUUCACCCAGCAAUCUAUUUAUUGGUGUUCGACCACCUGGUCCAGCUGAAUGCUGAAAAGCUUGUAGUCGAAGACUGUCGAUACUCGAUCUCAAGCAUAACUCUAACUGGAGCUAAAUCUCUGAACGCUCUUUCACAAGUGCUGCGUACAACCUCAACAUCUGAAUCAUACAACCAGUUCAAAAAAGUUUCCCACGUUACGGACAUUAAUGCGCUUCCUCAACGAACAAUAUUUGCCUUCGAUGUGAUGGACCCAAGACAUUUGUCAAAUCCAAGGCAACUACCAGGCUCAAAACCAAACGCAACUGAUUUGUUAACACUCCAAGACAAUUUUCCAGAGGCAGAGAUAACCUCUGCCCUCGCCAAACUUGCAGAUCCAGCCGCUCGCAACUUAUCAUAUUCAAACCAGCAGACCCUCAAACAACUUGCGGCCAGGCGCAGAGUACUUUUAAACUCCACCCAGCAUUCCAACUUGAUUCCGUUUAGUGCGGACACGGAUCCAUCAUUUCCUAUAGUCAUUUCCAAAUUGCCAAAGAAGGAAUCGUGGGUCGUUCUCAUUCCUUGGUUUUGGCAUCUACCGCUGUGGUAUCAACUGAAUCGUAUUUCUCGCGUGCAUCACAUGGGAUUGCGUCAAAUGCAGCAACUCAGUUAUGAAAGACGGAGACCUUUCUUUCCCACCGAUUUCCCUUUCACAAAAGUAGGAUAUGUCGAGAACUUUAUCUACGAAAGAGCCACUCAAGAGGCUCUGUGGUCCCGAAAGCCUCCCGCAAAACGUAUCAAUUUUGCGAAAAUUCCUGAUUUGCACCUGGAGUCUCCUGUUUUCUUUCCGGGCGAAAUAGGAAUUCCAUUCUGCUGCGACUGGUUGUUUUUACAAAUACUGAGGAAUGGGAUCGAGUACCUGGAAGCACAUCAUCAGGUCGCCGUCAAGAUGUUUAAUUCUUCACGGACCUCACAGUUUGACGAGCUCAAUCGGCGCAAAAUUGAGUACGUAAACGAUAUUGUGGAUUUGUAUCGAGACACCUGUGAAGCAAAAACAGUUCCUACAAAUCCACCUGUACGCAUGGUCAACCAGUCGCUAUCUACAAUAAAUGGAGCAGGUUUCAAGAGCGACAAUAAAGUGUCAUCACAAGAAGCAAUUGUCACAAAUACGCUUCCGAUUGUCGCAGUAUCGUGCACCCUACUAGAGAGGGGCCACCCAAAGGACCUUGCCCGUAUCUACUCCAUACCAGCCAAAGAUUUGGAAUACUGGCAGACUGUGUCGCACGUGGCAUCUCGUCCCACCGGCAAGAGAGAUCACGACUCAAAAUGGCCCAUACCAGAGGUCCAAAAUUUGAUUGGUUAUGUGACAAGUGGAACUUUCCACUUGGGACAGGGUCGGGGAGUAUGUACGGGUUUCAUUGAUGCCCAAACAGCUUUGAGUGCCGAAACUGAUCUGGUGCUGAUUAGAAAUGUUGGCACCAAUGUUUACAGAAUAGCGAAAUGGGCUCAGGUAAUAAUUUAA